GCGCACGUCACUAAUAGAACAAACGCAUGUUUGGUUUCCGUUCAGUAUCUUGGAUUCUCUCAUUUCCACCAGAGGUCUUCCAGGUCAGAGGACAGCGGCUUUACUAACGUUACAAAAUGGCUUUCAAAGAAAUGGCGUUACUUUUGGCGACCGUUUUUGCUCUCGUGUGUCCUACUGGCGGCAAGAAUUAUGUCCAGUGCUUCAAGGUGACGAUGCAUACUGAAAAAACUCUUACUCCAGAGCUCAGAUUGGUAGCUAGGACGAUUACAAAGAAAGGUGCCCAAAUGUCACCCAUCAUACCUUUGUCUAAUGUGUAUCAAAGAAUUAGUUCUAGAGAGCUCUUUAAACGCGAUGGAUAUCCAAUGAACACCGUAUGUGAAUAUCACUUCACCGUCAGCAAAACCAGCAAGCUGAAGUUCACGAAAAUUCAUCUCGACAACGGCGUUAACGACAAAAACGGCAACGGUCGCCUUCAAGUGUGCAAAGCCGUCAGUCGGGCCGAAUUCAAAGACAGAGACUUCAUAUCUCUGAACAUCAACCAUCCAAACAACGUGUUUUGUGGACGUCCGCAAAAGGAAAUUAAUCGAAGAAUACGAGAAGACAACGUACCAAACAAUCAUCUCAUAAUAACGUUCUGGUCGGACGCUUCCUAUUCCGGUGAAGGAUUUGAUGGAUAUUUUCUCAACUUACGGAAAAGACCCAAUCGAAACGACCUUCCCAAUGAGAAAUUUGGACCACGCGGCGAUAUUGGCAAUAUAACCUGGAGAGCAUUGGACGAAUCUAUGGAUCGACUAAAUAUGUCUUUAUUAGACGACAAAAAAAUUGAUGGGAAUACGGACGAACCACGUGAAAUGGAACUGCUAAUGGAAUGGUUGAUCAAUCAGUCUUGUCCUAUAGCUGGAAACGAGAACUUCCCGCCGUUGAAGGAUGACCAAAUAGUUACUGGCAACCAUUCUCAAGCAAUGGAUGAAACGGACAGGAAAUCCGCAUCGGUUAUAACCAGGAGUACGAAUGCAGCUUGUCAAAUGAUGUAUCCUACAGAUUCUGCAAUAGGAACAACAACACCGGAGCCAAAAACAGAAAAGACAAUAGCCACUUUUGAGGAGACAGCGAAUAGUGAACCGUUAUCUCUGAGCACACACACUGAAAGUUUCUACCACUAAGUGAGAAGUAAAAGUAAAAGAAGAAAAUACGGACAUACAAGUUGUAAAUCAAAUUUACCCAUAACUUUAGUAUUGCUAUAUACAAACAAGUAUUCUAUGUAUUGACUGAAGGUUGUCACGUGACCAAAGUAGACAAAUAGUGAUGUUAAUUAGAAACAUUUUCUCUAGAACUUUUAGAAUUCAGUGAACGUCAAUUAUACAAAUAGAGAUGGCCACA